GGGGGCAGUCGGGUGUCUUCUGCUGUUGGGCAGCCCCAGAGCAACCCACACCAAGCGAGGGCAUUGGGGGGCGGCUGUCGCUGGUCACCGAAGAGCAAAGUCAGCUCCGUCCCCCCUUCCCCAGUGUACGGCCGCUGCUGCCAUCGUUCUAGCUCGCUGUCUGUCUGCUGGCCGCGGGAGACUGCCAGGGCGCAGCUCCCCACUAGCCUUUCUCCCAAGGACUGCCUCUCUCGGGUUUGGUCGCCUUUUCAUGCUGCCGCCGCCGACUGGGUGCUCGCGCCCCGGAGGGACUGUUUCUUCUCGGUAAUUCAUGGCUUGUCUGACCAGUGAUGAGGUCCAGAAUUCAGCCACCAAGAGACUUUAUUCCAGGAUGGAGGCCUCCUGCCUAGAACUGGCCCUGGAAGGUGAGAGGCUCUGUAAAGCUGGAGAUUUCAAAGCUGGGGCUGCCUUCUUCGAAGCUGCUGUCCAGGUGGGGACUGAGGAUCUGAAGACCCUGAGUGCCAUCUACAGCCAGCUGGGGAAUGCCUACUUCUACCUGAAAGAGUACUCAAAGGCUCUCGAGUAUCACAAACAUGACCUCACCCUGGCCAGAACUAUUGGGGACCGCAUUGGGGAAGCUAAGGCCAGUGGCAACUUGGGCAAUACCCUCAAAAUCUUGGGCCGUUUUGAGGAAGCUGUUGUCUGCUGCCAGAGACACCUGGAUAUUUCCCAGGAGCAGGGUGACAAGGUCGGGGAAGCAAGGGCCCUGUACAACAUCGGUAAUGUGUACCAUGCCAAGGGGAAGCAGCUGUCCUGGAGCUCUGCCCAGGACCCUGGCCACCUGCCCUUGGAUGUCAGGGAGACACUGCAGAAAGCUUCAGAAUUCUAUGAGCGGAACCUGUCUCUGGUGAAGGAGCUGGGAGACCGGGCUGCCCAGGGCCGGGCCUAUGGGAACCUUGGCAACACCCAGUACCUCCUGGGAAAUUUCAGUGAAGCCAUCACCUUCCAUAAGGAGAGACUUGCCAUUGCUAAGGAAUUUGGAGACAAAGCAGCUGAAAGGAGAGCAUAUAGUAACCUAGGGAAUGCCCACAUCUUCCUGGGGCGAUUUGAUGUCUCAGCAGAGUACUACAAAAAGACCCUCCAGCUGUCCCGACAACUGAAGGACCAGGCCGUGGAGGCCCAGGCCUGCUACAGCCUCGGCAAUACCUACACACUUCUGCAAGACUACGAGCGCGCAGUCGAGUACCACCUGCGACACCUGCUCAUCGCCCAGGAGCUGGGGGAUAGAGUGGGUGAGGGCCGAGCCUGCUGGAGUCUGGGAAAUGCUUAUGUGUCCCUAGGAAGUCAUGAACAAGCAGUGACCUUUGCCAAGAAGCAUCUUGAGAUCUCCCGUGAGAUUGGAGACAGGAAUGGAGAACUCACCGCCCGUAUGAACAUCGCCCAGCUUCAGCUGGCCCUUGGUGAGGAUGCCAGCACCAAGGCAGGGGACAGGCCUCACUACCCUGGCUAUGAAGCUCAAGGCGCCAGGCCUAAGAGGAUCCAGAGGCACAGUGUAGAGAGCCUGGAUUUAUUGAAGUUUCCACUGGAAAAGAACCAGAACGGAGACAGCCACCACAUGGUCGAGCUGAAGAUGGCAGGCAAGGACUUCUUUUCCCUCUCUGUGAAAAGCCAGAAAUACCUUGAGGGUCCUCAAGAGGGGAGCAGCUUACCCUUAGACAGCGCCAAUGACAUCCAAAUCCAGAUCCCCCCGACGAAAAUCCCACGGGCCCCAUCUGAUGAGGAAUGUUUCUUUGACCUACUGAGUAAGUUUCAGAGCAACCGGAUGGAUGACCAACGCUGCCCCCUGGAAGAGGGCCAAGCUGGGGCAGCUGAGGCUAACAUCCCUACUCCCACCCUGGAGGAAAGAAUAUCUCAGUCAUCCCUGAUGGCCUCCCCUCAGACAGAGGAGUUCUUUGACCUCAUUGCCAGCUCCCAGAGCCGUCGCCUGGAUGACCAGCGUGCCAGUGUGGGCAGCCUGCCAGGCCUUCGGAUCACCCAUAACAACUUGGGCCACCUUCGUGGGGAGGGGGAUGCUCAGGAGCCCGGAGAUGAAUUCUUCAACAUGCUUAUCAAGUGCCAGUCCUCCAGAAUAGACGACCAGCGCUGCGCCCCACCUGACACAGUGCCCCGUGGCCCCACCAUGCCGGAUGAAGACUUCUUCAGCCUCAUACAGAGGGUGCAGGCCAAGCGGAUGGAUGAGCAGCGAGUGGAUCUGGCCUCCGGCCAAGAGGAGGAGGUGGCCAGCACGCGGUCAGAUGCCCCACAGCAAUGCCGGCCCAGCGCCAGCUAAGGCCCUCCACCGGAGGACACCCCAGGACAGGUGCCGCUGGAACACACCUGUGCGUCCCUGAGCCCUCACCUGGGAUCUGGGGAAAGAGAGACCUUCUUACUUCCUUCCACCUGUCUCCAGGCACUAGGGGAAACCACCAACCAUGUGCAGAUCUCACGUCCCAGGAGAGACCAAGAAACCCCAGUGGACAUGUGGCUGAGCUUGACAAGGUCAUGGCUAGUCACUGGAAACCCAAAUAGAUGUGAACAGCUGGCUCUUCUUACCAGAGCCUCAGAGGGCAUUUUCCGGGGUCAAGUGUAGAUGUCUUGGGAAACAGCACAUGCUAGAAUCUUACAAGAGAGUGACUGGUCCCCUCCUUCACCCUGGUGAGCCCAGAAAUCCCAGACUAAGUAUGGUGAAGGAUGGACCCCUUCCUGUGCAGAUGGCCCCGUCCCUGCUGCUUUCCCUGACCUGGUAUAUGAGUAGCAAAAGGCAGGCAGAAGCUUCCUUGACAGAGCAGCCAAGCUGGUCCUAGCUCUCUGCCCAGCUAAUCCCCUUUUGUCCCCCGUCCCCUCAGCCCAACCUCCAAACAUCCCACCGAGACCAGAAACCUGACAAAGUGCAAUAUAGUAGCAGCCCCCUCUGAGCCAUCUGUGCCCCUCAGCUCACCAGGUUCCCCUCCUGUCCCUAAGUGUGAACCCACCAGGCAUGCCAGCAGUAGAGAUUCACCAGAGGAUUCCCGUAUCAUAACAAAAAUCUUCUCCCAAGCAGCCGCAGGACUAAGGUGUGGAAGACAUUUCUGUCCAGUUCAUAGUCCAUGUGCUAGGUGUAUACCCACUGAGGGUCAUUGGCUAAAGGUCCAUUAGCCAAAGGACUAAGCAGCUUCAAGCCUGAAGUCCUUCCUCCUAUCUCUUCUCUGGUUGUCAGUUUUCCCAGCAUCCAUUUGAACUCCCCAGGAGCCAAGAGCAGCAAAAAGAGGGUCCCCCACCAAUAGGGCAUUAUUGGUAUUGCCAAGAUAGUGGACAGGAAAAGAUGGGGACAGAGGAGAGACAUCCCCACCAGCAGCCUAGCAAUACUGCCAGUUCAGUCAUAGAACUGUAAACCCCUAAAUGGGUGGUAGGAUAGGGAUUGAUAGGGCUUGGGUAAGCGUCAUGUGACAGUCAUGGGGGCAGGAGGCAAAGACCAGUGCACCAUGGCUUUCCAGGUUAUUAGGAUGCCUUCAUGAGUCUCCUUCCACCAGCUAGGGUCCGCUGUCCUAGCACUGGUCAGGACUGCUUCCUUACCCACUGCCCCUGAGUGUUCUUCCCCAGGAGUGUGGAGCUGAGUGGUCCAGCCAGCCGGGACCUGUAAGGGCUUACUUCUUCAGCUCCUGAAGCAAGAGUGGAACAUGAAGGCAUUGCUGGAGGAAGGGCUGCUUCUGGCUUCGAUUUUUUUUUUUUAAGCUUGGAAAAGGAGUCUGCAUCAACAUCCAUCCAGUUUAAACACUGGACUGUGAUAAAUCCAGGCACUGUUUUCAAAGCCCAGGAAUGCAAAUGCAGCUGGUACUUUGUUUAUCCAUUACCCCUGGUGUUUGUGGGUUCCUCUGACUUUAAAAGAUAUUCAUCUGUUGCCCAAACUCUUGGAAGGUCUAGUUGGGGAGCAGAAGACUAACCAUGAACUUGGGCUUACAAGGCUGCUGGCAGGUCUGAACCAGACUGAGUCUCCACCCCCUCUGCCCUGAGCUCCCAGAUCCUCUAGGAAGGUGAAUUUAGGCUGGGUUAACUUAGUUCUCCCACAGCAACCCUGGCCCUCCACUCUACCUAAAUCAGUAAGGUCAAGGAAGGAAGGAAGAAUGGGGAGCCAGGAAAUGAACUGAAAUGUGCUCAUCCUCUGUGUCUCCAUUCCUGUAAUUUUUAAAGGGCAUUCUAAUUUUCACCCUUGGUUGACUUGGGGGUAAGCAUAGAAGCUCUUCAUCCUACCAGCUUAAAAAAAAAAACAACAACAACACGAAAACCAUGAGUCAAUUUUCCCUUCAGCUAAAUCCCAAGAGGAAAACUGUUGGGUAGAAAUAGAGGGAGGAUGAUUUGGAGUCAUAGGAAUAGGAGUUGACUUGUGACCCUGAACCUUCCCACAUGCUCUUCAAGCGGACAGUUUGGGAUUUUGACAGAGAUAAGAACAGCUGCAAUUUGUUAUUGGCCAAGGCCAGUUCCUUAUGCUCCAGACCUUUUUUUUUUUUUUAAACAAAUAGCCCCUCCCACUGCUUGGCUCCCAGCGGGAGUGUUCACCUUAGGCCAUUGACACACAGAUUCUAUAAAACAAAAAUUCACACAGGAUUUUUCCAAAAGCAGCUGACUGGCUCUAGCUGCCCUGGACCAGUUGGGAAAGGCUAGAAUGGGCUUUCCUCAGCUGACUUGCAGAGAUCUUCCCAGUGACUGAGAUAUGUGGUUCUUAGAAGGGCAGUGGCCUAGAAAUAGGGUCUCCACACUGGGAAUAAGAAAUCUGGUUUAGAGCCAUUGUGGGAGAUGGAGCUCAGGGUCAAGAUUUCCCUUGCUCUAUUUCUCUUCACCACACUCCACUCCUACCCACACCUACCCCUCUCGGUUUCAAUCUCUUAGGCCACAUCCUACUAUUCAAAGCUUGGAGAGAUGAGAAAAUGAGACAGAAGAGGAAAGCACUUUGCUUCUCUCACAAAGCUGACAGAACACUAUCUGUCUUUGUUUUUCUAGUUUCAUCUCAAGGUCCUAGAUGAACAGUUAGAUGGGCUUCUGUCUUAUCCUAAAGAGAUGUAGUAACAAUAAAGAUGGUAAACCAUCAUUUUCACAACCAUUGUGUUAUCUGAUUCUCAUAAAAGCCCUGGGAAGUUGAUUAGGCCCCAAAAUGGCAGAAUUAAAAGAAAAUGGCCUAAGGUCAUUCAGCAAGUUUGUAACAGAGUUUGAACCCAUGUUUGCUGAUUGACAGUCCAUUCCCUUCUCUGCUAUCCUGGGCCCAAGAGAAUAAGUUCAGGUGAUACCUAAGACUGGGCCUGACUUAUUUGCAAUCAAACCAUGAAUGAAAAGGAACCUUUUUCCAGGGGCCAAAGGACAAAAAGUAAGAGUCUGGGCCAAAGUAGGACAUAGCUCCACCUAAGCAAAAAAGAAGUGGAACUAGAGAGUCUGGCUUUCAAAAAAAAAAAAGGGAAAAGUAUAAUAAAAAAAAGAGCAAAACAUUAGUAAUGACCAUAUACUUGAAUGUGUAAGCUUAUUUAUUUUUUACAUCUGCGUUGGUUGUGUUGUAAGUGGGCCAUUCCCAAUCCUGGAGGUACAUUUUGUUUUCUCUAAAAAUAAAUAAUAAGAUCUGCCAAAUGAAUUAAUAUAUGUGUAAGUAUGUAAUUAAAGCCUUUGGGGUUUUGUGCAUAAUAAAAGAUUUUUGUGGUUUAACCUGCA